AUGGACAGUCGUAGUAGUUGUAUGCCGAUUGUGGCGCUUCUUUUGAUUUUUCUUAUUCCCAGCAAUUCACAAUCAUCAAACAUCCUUUGCGUUGAGAACGAGAGAAGAGCCCUUCUAAGCUUCAGAAAUGGCCUAAAUGAUUCAUCGGGCAAGCUCUCAUCUUGGUCGGCGGUACAAGAAGAUUGUUGCCGAUGGACAGGAGUCCGCUGUGAUAAUGUUACCGGUCGAGUUAUCGAGCUCAGCUUGUAUUUCACGGAUUUAAGAGGCAAGAUUAAUCCUUCUUUGCUCGAAUUAGAGUUUUUGAGUAUCUUGGAUUUGCGGGGUAACUCCUUUGGAGAUAAUGAUCCUAUGCCAAGUUUUUUGGGUUCCAUGAUAAGUCUAAAAUAUCUUGACCUCUCUGGGUGUAAAUUUCAUGGGAUGGUUCCUCAUCAACUUGGAAAUCUCUCGAGGCUGGCUUACCUUGAUUUAGGAAAUAAUGAUGGACUUUUCGUGGAUAAUCUUAGCUGGAUUUCUCGCCUUCAUUGUAUGAAGUAUCUCGACAUGAGUGCAGUCAAAUUCAGCAAAGAAAUCAACUGGCUUCAAGUGAUGAGUACGCUCCCUGCUCUUUCAACACUGAACUUGGACGAUUGUGGGCUCGAAAGCAUGUACCCAUCCCUUGGUAACGUCAAUUUCACAUCUCUCACUGUCCUUGAUCUUUCUGGUAAUCAUUUCAAGCAUGAAGUACCAAACUGGCUAGGUAAUCUCAGUUCAAGCCUCCAAUCUCUUCAUCUAAGCGAUAAUUCCUUACAAGGUGAAAUACCAAUUAUCUUGUCAAAUCUCCGCAGCUUAACUUAUCUAGAGUUGAGGUCGAAUCAACUUACCGGGCAAAUCACACACUGGCUGGGGCAACUAAAAUCUCUACAGCAUCUUUUUCUUGACGGCAAUUCGUUUUAUGGGCCUAUUCCUGAAUCAGUGGGAAACUUAUCAUCCUUGGUGGAAUUAUAUAUUUACGAUAAUAACUUGAGCGGCAAUCUUCCCAAGAAUUUGGCGCUCCUCUCAAAUUUAGAGACUAUAUACGUUUCAUAUAAUUCCUUGGGAGGUGGCAUUUCAGACAUGCAUUUUGCUAAGCACUCAAAGUUAAGGUAUUUACAACUGUCUGGGAACCACUUUUUCUUCAAUGUGAGCAACAAUUGGAUUCCUCCUUUUCAACUCAAAAUUAUACAAGUGAGUUCCUGUGAGAUGGGUCCAAAAUUUCCCACCUGGCUAAGAACGCAAAAAUCUGUUAAGUGGCUUGACAUGUCAAACUCGGGAAUUUCAGAUAUAGCUCCAGAUUGGCUUUGGAACAUGACUUCAUCUAUGGAUAUCGUUGACCUCUCUGGCAACCAGAUUGGUGGUGAACUUUCUUCUUGCUGGAUGUACUGGCAAUCUUUAACCCACUUAAACUUGGGGAGCAAUAACCUGUCUGGUGAAAUUCCUACUUCAUUAGGUUCUCUAUUUAACCUCCAAUCAUUGCGCUUGCAAGAAAAUAGUUUCUCUGGUUAUAUACCCUCCUCUUUGCUUAACUACACAUCCUUGGGUAUCAUUGACCUGGGUAAAAAUAAAUUCACAGGAGACAUACCAAGCUGGAUAGGCGAAACGAAAACUCUAUUGGUUCUCCGUUUGAGAUCUAAUAAAUUUGAUGGCAAUAUCCCGGAUAAUUUCUGCCAACUUUCUUCAAUUCUAAUACUAGACCUUGCGGAUAAUAGCUUAUCGGGUUCCAUACCAAAAUGUUUCAAUAAUUUGAGUGCGAUGGCUACAUUAAACAAUUCGAAUUUUGAAGCUUUGAGAUAUGGAUAUAGCAAUGGUCUGUUCAUGGAAAAUGUUCGAUUGGUCACAAAAGGGAGGGAAUUUGAAUAUAGUAGCAUUCUUAAAUUGGUGAGGAGCAUAGACCUUUCAAGCAACAAUUUGUCCGGAUACAUUUCUGCUGAGAUAUUUGAUCUUUUUCAAUUACGUUUUUUGAACAUUUCUCACAAUUGCUUGGUUGGAGAGAUAGCAGAGAAUAUCGGGGGCAUGUCAUCAUUGGAAUCUCUGGAUCUCUCGAAAAACUCUCUUUCUGGAAAACUUCCUCAAACCAUGUCAAAUUUGACAUCUCUUAAUUACUUGAACUUAUCCUACAAUUACUUCUCGGGAAGUAUACCUUUAAGCACCCAGCUUCAGAGCCUUGGCGAAACCAGCUUCGUUGGUAAUGUUGGACUUUGUGGAGCGCCUCUCCCAAUAAAUUGCACAAAAAAGGAGGAAUCUCAAGGUUCAACACCUGUUGAUGAAGAUGGAGAUGAGUCUGAGGUGUUUUGGUUCUACAUUGGCAUGGGUAUUGGAUUUGCCCUUAGCUUUUGGGGCGUUUGCUGUGUUCUUUUCUUCAAAAGGACUUGGAGGCAUGCUUAUUUCAUGUUUCUUGAUAAACUGAAGGAUCAUAUCUAUGUGACUGUAAUGCUGAAGGUGAACUGGUUCCACAAGAAAAUUGGGAGACGCAAUGAUGUUUAG